CGUUUCUGAGCCAAUCACCUGAAGCGACCCAGCAGCAGCCAUGUUGUAACUUUCACUGAAGUCCUUCCAGCUUUCAGAGAGGCAGCUGUCUGUAAAGUCUGGGAUUCCUCCUCCUGUGUAAAAAGCAGAAGAUUUACGACUUCAACACUCAAACUUGAAAUGAGCGCGAGCAGCUUUCUAGUCACCGCAAUGCGGAGAGGAUGCACGCGGACCUUAAGACGACCUUUUCCCAUGGUCCAGAGCUGCCUGCUGUCCACCCAGCAGCCCAUCUCUGCAGCCCGGCUGCCCUGCAGGGUCAAGGUGUCUGCUGGGAAGCGCUACGCCUGGUGUGCGUGUGGACACAGUAAGAAACAGCCUUUCUGUGAUGGCGCUCACGUUAAAAAAGCUCCGACCAUCCUUCCCCUGCGCUUCACCCCCGACAAGGACCAGACGGUGAUGCUGUGUGCCUGCAAGCAAACCAAAAACUCUCCGUACUGCGAUGGAUCUCACUUCAGGGUCAUCUUCCAGGAUAUAGUAAAGAAGGUGAAAGGAGUCUUUAAAUGAGCAGCAUCCAACAUGUCUGCAUGGAGGAGGCCAAGGAGCAGCAACUAAACCAGAAUCAAACAGAUAAUAGUCACUAUCUAAAUCUUGUCUCAACAAAAAAACAAGUCUCUGUAAAAAUGUGAUGUCAUUGUGUCCUUUUCAUACUUAUUAUGUCUGUAUAAAUAAGUGUUAUUUAAAAAUAUGAAUUUAACCCAAUGUUAUAUACAGAUGCAUAACCAAAUAAAACAUGCUUUGAUUUGCUUGUCUUCAAUAGCAUAGUAACAAGAAAA